AUGGAUGUCGAGCGACUUCGCAGUGGGAAGGCUAGGGACGUCGUAGUGGACAGGAAGGGCAGUGUUGGUCAAUUUAUGUCUCGUCUGUUGCAGUCGUUCAUGCAAGCAGUAGAGCAACUGAGGGAUGUGGCCGGUUACAUGCAGCAGGAGAUAGAGAACCAUGUAUCCCGUCGGGGUGUUGAGACUUGCGAGGCGCUGCGAUGCAUGCGGGAGGAGAAUGAGCAGCUGCGUGUGGAGCUGGCUUCAGCUAAGCAGGGGGAGAGGAGGGAGAAAGGUAUUGAAGGGCUUGAACGAGAAAACGAGUGA